AUGAAUCAAACAUAGAAAUUGGCAUAUUAUCCAAAUUUACUUGGUCAAUCGGAGAGGGUAAUCUAAUAAAACAUAGAAAGUAAAAGGGGUUUGGAGGAGUACUUGGGUAUUUUACAAGAAAGAGCAAACAUUGAGGAUCAAUAUGCCAAAUCAUUAUACAAACUCUCCUAAUAAAUUGAGAAGUCAAGCAUAACCUAUUUGAGAGAAUAGUUGGUGAAUUAAUUAAGAUAAAAAAUAGAAAGAUUAGAGAAUUUCGUAGAUUUGAUUAGAUCGGAAAUAAUUGAAUAAGUGAAAGAAAUUGUGUAGAAUCAAAAUCAAGUUUCGAAAAGGAUUAUUGACGAAAUGAAAGGCCUGGAAUGGGACUUAUAAGAUAAAUAGGACGAGGUAAUGGGAGGAAAAUUGGACUAUAAAUUGCAGGCAAAGGAUUUAGAAUAAUCAGGAAUUUCAGAUAUGAUUUUUCAAUAUAGUCAUGAUAUUUCAGAGGACAAGGCAUUGAAGCAAGUGUAAAAAACUUAGCAAAUCGAAUAGGAAUGCACCAAAUUGGAAAGAGAAUUCGAAAUUAUUGUGCUUUCCUAUAAUGAAUUCAUCGAUGUUUAUAAAACCAAAAUGGAAAGCUAUUUGUCUUAGAUGGAAUAAUAUGAAUAGUAAAGGCUACUUGUACAAAAAGACACCCUGAUGAAACUCUUUUUAUUUGAGUCUUCCAUUUCAAAGUAAUCCUUAUAAGACUCCGAAAAAUUGAAUGAUCAAAUCAGAAAAUCGAAUAUUUAAGAUUUCAUUGAAAAUUUUAUUCUGAAAUUUCAAAAACCCUAAGAAGCCCCUAGACAACUUGAAUUCAAACCAUAUUCCUCCUUCUUAACUAAGACAAUAGAGAGCAUGAGGAGCCAAGAGUAUCAAAAACUCAAGGAUAUCAUCAAGGCUCAUAAUGAUACAUUUUACAAUAUCUAUGAAGACUGUGUUAAGAAGCAUAACUUAUAAACAAUAGAAGAGCAAGAAUUAGCUCAUUUGAUGAGUCGUAACAAUGUUUAGGCCAUUUACAAGAUUAUGUAAAUUCAUAUUAAUUGUGUUUGGAAUGCAAAUGAAAUACCAAAUAAUUAGACUAUCGUUGGGUUGCUCAGAUAGAGUUCUUUGAAUAGAUUGCUUUGGUGUUAGGCCUUAGAAAUAUAGGCGAAUAAAAAUAAUUACAAGGUUCCCUCUAAUGAUGCAUAUGAUCAAAUCGUUAAGUGGAGUUAAAAGAUCAUUAGCUUAUGCUUAGAAUUCUGGGAUGCAUCGCCUUUGAGAAAGUUAAUAACUGUCAGUUCAAUAAUCAAUGUUGCAGUUCAGAAUAAGAAACAUUUUUUGAUGUAUAACAUCAAGGAGAACAAAGUUUUGUAAAGUGCAGACUUUCUGGAAGCCUCUGUUGUUUAAGCGGUUUAUGAUGCUUUGGUUGAAGAAAUAAAGGAGGUCACUACUUUAGAAGAGAGAAUCAGAAGAUAAAAAAUAAAUAUCUUGACUCAGUUGUCGAAGAUAUGCUUUACAUUAUUAUAGUUCAAUCCGAUUAGUGUAAUUAAAAUGUAUGCAGAGAACUAUUUGAGGAUGUUGUCUGUUGCUCAUGAUGCUAGCGACAACUUAUUAUUUUAGAUUGAGAGUUUUGAAUAAUUUUGAAAUAAAUUUAUGAAAUAAAUAAAAUUUAUCAGUAAAUGCA